UAACCAGCAGGUGGCGCUUCCUGCAGGAAAGUCUUCCUCUGUCGCUCUUUGCUGGAAUGGAAUUCGUUGGUUGUUGCCCUGGCAACUCAAAGCGUCCUCCCCAUCAUGAACAGCUGAUUACUUUCCUUUUUUUAUGGUUUCCAUCUCUGAAAUGCUGAGGUGAGGACAGGUCUGGAAAUCCUCACUAAUCCCUCCCUGACCUCCCCGGGCUGAGGAGCAGAAACAAUGAGCAGGAGCACGAGAGCGAAAGCAGCUUCGAGCUCGUGAACGCUGCAUCAGGACAGCGAGGAGGACCACCAUGGAGGAGCAGAGGACCACCUCCCCCAGGCUCCUUCUGGACCUGGACAACUUUGAGUCCAUGGACGCAGAGAGGAGCCGGUAUGUGUUAACGAGCCCCCGUUCUCUGGAGUCCUGUGCACGGCUGGGCAUCAAACCUGUGGCACUUCUUAUUAAGUCUCUGAAUGAGCUGAUAGCUGAGCAGCAGCAUGUGCCCUGUGAGGCGGUGAGAGUUAUGCACGAGUCCUACGAAAAGGAGAGAAUCAAGCUUUUGCAAAUGUGCAGGGAGGAGAGGGAGAAGAUUAUCCGGGAGGACAGGUGGCCUCGCAGCAGUAAAGUGUCAGCCCUGAAGGAUGAGUCCAAAGACAGACUCUCUACAGACAGCGUCCCUUAUGCAGAUCUGUGUUUCAACAGGAAGUCUGUGUGUAAGUCCACCUGUUCACCUGCAGGUCACUCCCACAAAGACAGGAGCACAGUGAGCAGCUUCAGUCUGGGAGACCUCAGACACUCCCCAAGAACUGAGAGGAAACUAAAGCAGCUCACUAAAGACAUCAAGAAGAAGAUGUGUGUGACUUUGCCUGAGAGAGACUGCAAGAUCGCAGCUCUCAUGCUGGUGAAGCAUGAGGAGGAGGAGGAGAGCCAGAAGCUCUCUCUGAAGGAGGAGCAGGAGCGUCAGGAGGCCCGGAGGAAGGAGGAGGCUGAGCGGGCUCAAGCAGAGAAACAGAGGAGGAAGAAGCUGAGGCUGAGCGUGAAACACUGGAACGAGGAGCUGCAGACUCGGAGGAGACUCAGGGAGAGUCAGGAGCAGCAGAAGAUCGGACAACUGAAGCAGGAGGUGCUGCUGCAAGAAGACAGGUGGAGGAGGCUGAAGGAGGAGGUGGAGGCCAUGAAUAGACAGAAGAUGGAGGCUGCACAGAAGGAGACCCAGGAGAGGAAACGCUUCCAGGAGAAGCUGCUGAAGGAGAAAGAGGAGGUGGAGAAGAGGGAGAGAGAGAGGGAGAGGCAGGUGGCUGCAGAGAAGGAGCACAAAGCCAGGAGGAGCAGAGGGCUGCAGGAGAAGAAGGAGAAGCAGAGGCUGCAGGAGGGGAACCGAAGGGAGCUGCUCCGUCACGUCCUGUUCAAACAGCAGGUGGAGCAGCAGGUGGAGGAAGAGGAGGCCCAGAUGAGGAGCGUACUGGAGGAGAAGCUGCAACGCUCCAGAGAGCAGCGAGCUCUGGCUGCAGAGACGCGUCUGAGGGAGCUGAAGGAGCGAGCGACCAGGGAGGAGGAGCAGAUCCAGAGGGCCCAGCUGAGGGCCAGACUGCAGAGCAUCCAGGACCUCACACACAAACAGAUCCUGGUCCAGCUGAGCCAGAGACGCAUGCAGAGAGCCGCCCUGCACGCCUCCACCCAGCAACGCACCAGAGCCCUGCAGACGCAGCAACGCAACACACGCAGGCAGCUCCUCCACCAGAGGCUGAGGGAGAGGAUCCAGAGAGAGGAGGAGGAGGUGAGGAAGGUCAGGGAGAGCUCCAUCGUCAUGAAGGAGUGGAGGAGGGAGCGGCUGAGGAGACAGAGGGAGAAGAUACAGGAGGAGGCGCACAGGCUGGUCCGGGCCUCCUUUCACAUGAGGGACAGGGUGAGGCAGCAGACACACAGGAGGACCUUUGACCGGAUGGCUCUGGAGGCUCAGCUGAACGCCUCCAUGAGCCACAUGAAGAUAUGAACUCCUGUCCUGACUUCAGAAAGGCCUCAGGCGUCACCUGAGGACUCCUGGAUUUGACAUGACAUGUGAUCAGUUUGUCUCUGGUGUUGCUCCUGUUAGUGAAAGUUAAUAACGGUCAUCCAAUCAGGAUCAAGCAUCUUACACAACCGGAGGAUCAGAAACCUGCUGACAGUCCUGUUCUUUUACAGCUGAAAGAAAGUCUUCAGUUUUAAUUUCACACCUGAUAGAAACUCCUCACAGGAGCUUUAACUGUAAGAACCACAGAAGAAGAAUUAAAGGAGGGAGAGCUCUAGAUUUGAUAUUCCUGAUGUUUGUAGGUUUGUGCAAUCAAAAGAUAUUAGAACAACAAGACAGGAUUAGACACCGCCACAUGUGACCAGGUUACAUCAACAAAGGAAGCUCUAUUCAGAGAGUUCAUUUCCUCUUCUGUAAAUAAGCUGCAUGGACACGCUGCGAUGCCUGGAUUUGAAUGUGGUAACAGGGUGCAGCUGGGAGGUGGAUGUUGGGGCGGCCCUCCUUCAUGUGAUGGAUCAUUACCUUGUCAAAGUGGAUUUCACUCUUGAGUGUUCAGGUGUUCCUCAGUCCAGGGUUGUCCUGUAUGCAGAUGUUAAAUGUAUUCUCCUGUACUGUACAAAUACAGACAUUAUACAUCUGUGAGUUUGUGCAGACUCCACUGUGCUGCAUGAACUUUGUACGUACAGGCCCUGACACAUAGCAUGACUCUAUGAUAAUAUAAAGACUGUCUGAGGCUCCUCACUCCCCUGAUACCCAGAGUUACAGUUUCAGUAAAGUUAGAAUCAUGGAGGUGUUUUAGUAAUUGUGCAUAGCUAGGUUUGGCUGUGAUGGAGGGUGUGAUAUGUUUUUAUGAGGCCUUGAACGCCUCGCGACGCCACAUGUUGGUGCCUUAGAGAAAGGGAAUGUGCCAUAUCUGUUACACUUGAUGAAUAAAAUCAACUUUAAAGGAG